AUGUACGAGUCGAUGGAUCAAGACAACAACCCAGAUUCUCUCUCUUGGAUUAAUGUUGCCUUCGCUUUCUCCUUCAUACUCGUCAAUGCUUUUCUUUCAACCGUUUUUCGGCUGGAUAUAGGAUUUUCGCUCAUCACGGCUGCUAUACGAUGCAUUGUUCAACUCGCCUUGGUUGGAACAAUCCUUCAGAAGGUAUUUGAGGCGGAUAAUCCCUGGGCGGUCGCAGCUAUUGCCCUUCUUUUGAACCUCCUCGGUACUGUUGAAGUCGUCGCUAACAAGUCAAAGAGAAGGCACAAUCACAUCGUCCCCUCAGUUCUUAUCGGUUUGCUUGGGUCAACGAUACCGAUAUCAGUCAUCGGUAGCCGUUUUGCGAUGUCAGAGGAGCGCUUCUGGAAACCAUCUCAGUACAUUCCUGUAGUCGGAAUGUUAUGCGGAAACACAAUAAGUGGCGUUGUGGUUUCUCUCAACUAUGUUUUGAAGGAAAUUGACGAGAACCGCGAUCGUAUAGAAACGUAUCUCGCAUUUGGGGCCUCGCGCGUUGAGGCUACACAACCCAUUGUUAAAGAAGCCCUCCUGUUUGCUCUUACUCCCACAAUCAAUCAAAUGAGUGUCAUUGGAAUCAUAUCUAUUCCUGGGAUGAUGACUGGCGCAAUACUCGGUGGUUCCUCCGUUACGCAUGCCGCUAAGCUUCAGAUGAUCAUCAUGUUCAUGAUUUCGGCUUGCACCGCACUAGCUUCCAUCACAUGUACGACCUAUGCUGUGUCGAUUAUCGUCGAUGGGGAACAUCGCGUCAGACCUGAUAGAGUCAGGGGCUCGUACUCUUGGCCAUCCCUGUUCCAAACGGUAACGAUGAAGUUAAGGAAACUUUGGAGAGCUGAUAGUGGAAGGGGCAGGGGAGCUUCACGAGCGUCGUUGUUACCUCAUUCGACGUGA